CAGUCUCUGUGCUUGGGGUAGAGGAGUGUGAGCUCCUUUCCUUUUCCGACUUUGCUCCAACUCUCUCCAAGGCAGCAUGAAUCGAAACUUUAGUUCUAGGUCUGGGUUCCGGAGUGGAGGGGGCUUUAGCUCUGGCUCUGCCGGAGCAGUCAGCUUCCAACGCAGGACCACUAGCAGCUCUGUGCGCCACAGCGGGGGAGGUGGUGGGAGAUUUUCAGGGGGAAGAUGUGGAGGUGGUGGUGGUGGCGGUCGUUUUGGAAGUCGAAGCCUUGUCAACCUUGGUGGCAGUAAGAGUAUCUCCAUAAGUGUGGCCGGAGGAGGUGGACAUGGUGGUUUUGGUGGUGGUUAUGGUGGUGGUGGCUUUGGGGGUGGUGGUUUUGGUGGUGGCGGCUAUGGAGGUUUUGGCAGUGGAGGUGGUUUUGGUGGAGGCGGUUUUGGUGGAGGUGGUUUUGGUGGAGGUGGUUUUGGUGGAGGCGGUUUUGGUGGAGGCGGUUUUGGGCCUUUCUGCCCCCCUGGUGGCAUACAGGAAGUCACCAUCAACCAGAGCCUUCUGCAACCCCUUAAUGUGGAGAUUGACCCUGAGAUCCAAAGAGUUAAGACUCGAGAAAGGGAGCAAAUCAAGUCACUCAACAACCAAUUUGCCUCCUUCAUUGACAAGGUGCGAUUCUUGGAGCAGCAGAACCAGGUGCUGCAAACAAAAUGGGAGCUGCUGCAGCAGGUAGACACCUCCACUCGGACCCACAGCUUAGAACCCUACUUUGAGUCCUACAUCAACAAUCUUAGAAGGAGAGUGGACCAACUGAAGAAUGACCAGUCUAGUAUGGAUUCAGAAUUGAAGAACAUGCAAGACCUGGUGGAAGAUUACCGGAACAAGUAUGAGGACGAGAUCAACAAGCGGACAAAUGCAGAAAAUGAAUUUGUUACCAUCAAGAAGGAUGUGGAUGCUGCUUAUAUGACUAAGGUGGACCUUCAGGCCAAAGUUGACAACUUGCAGCAGGAAAUUGAUUUCCUCACAGUGCUCUACCAGGCAGAGCUGUCCCAGAUGCAGACUCAAAUCAGCGAAACCAAUGUCAUCCUGUCCAUGGACAACAACCGCAGCCUGGACCUGGACAGCAUCAUCGCUGAGGUCAAAGCUCAGUAUGAGGAGAUCGCCCAGAAGAGCAAGGUUGAGGCCGAGGCACUGUACCAGACCAAGUAUGAAGAGCUCCAGAUAACUGCUGGCAAACAUGGGGACAAUCUGAAAAGUACAAAGAUGGAGAUUUCAGAGCUAAAUCGGAUGGCCCAGAGACUUCGAUCUGAAAUUGAUAGUGUCAAGAAGCAGAUCUCCGCGCUGCAGCAGUCCAUCAGUGAUGCCGAGCAGCGUGGUGAGAAUGCCCUCAAAGAUGCCCAGGGCAAGCUGGCCGAGCUGGAGGACGCCCUGCACAAGGCCAAGGAGGACAUGACCCGCCUGCUGCGUGACUACCAGGAGCUGAUGAACACCAAACUGGCCUUGGACAUGGAGAUCGCCACCUACAGAACCCUUCUGGAAGGAGAGGAAAGCAGGAUGUCUGGAGAGUGUACCCCGAGCGUGAGCGUGUCUGUGAACACCAGCCACACCACCAUCAGUGGAGGUGGUGGCCGAGGAGGCAGUGGUUUCAGCUCCGGAGGCGGCGGCAGCGGCGGUGGCUACGGUCUUGGAGGCGGCAGUUAUGGUUCUGGAGGCGGCAGUUACGGCUCCGGAGGCGGGGGCGGUGGCAGUUACGGCUCCGGAGGCGGGGGCGGUGGCAAUUACGGCUCUGGAGGUGGCGGCGGGGGUGGCUACGGCUCCGGUAGCAGCAGUGGGGGCCACAGAGGCGGCUCUGGAGGGGGCAGCUGGGGUUCCGGAGGGAGCUCCGGAGGCCGGGGAUCCAGCUCUGGCCGUACCAAGACCUCUAGUGGCAGUUCCAGCGUGAAGUUUGUUUCCACCAGCUAUUCCAGAGCAGUCAGAUAAAGAGGUGUCCUCCAUCCUGUUAGCUCUCCCUCUCCAUCACUGCCAAAUAUGCUUGGCAAGACCAAGGUCAGUUGCCCCAGCCUCACUGGAGAAAAGAGCUUUCAUUAGUUACACCAGUUCACCCCAGUUCCCCAGCUCUUUCCUAUCUUCUCUGCUUCCCAAAGAAGUUUUUAGAUCAGUGGCACUCUCAGUCCCUCUGGCUAUGACCCUGCUUUGUGCUUUACCCGAGAAACAGUUCAGCAAUGACCACUACACACAUUACAUUUCAAAGCACCUCCUUAAGUCAGUCAGAUGAGGGCUGGUUAGAACCACAGCUUCUUUGCUGUUCAUGGAGCACAUGCUCUGGACACUCCUUAAUACCCUCUUUCUUGGAGCAAGCUCUGUGCUGCUUUGGUUUUGUAUAUAAAGUGUGAACAAGUUGAUUGUCUUUUGUGGAGAGGUCUUAAACUGCCCCCUUCCUUGUAUUGCUGCAAUAAACUGCAUUUUGAAAUUCUC